AUCUGCAGAACGACAGCAUAGAGAGGGAGGAGAGGGCGGAAGUGGAGAAAGGCGUGAUAGGGUUUUGUAAAUAAAAAUAGUGAAGGGAGGAAUGAAGAGAAGAAGGGUCUAGAACACUGCCUCUCCAUUUAUAUUUAUAAUUUUAUAAUUAUUUUAUUUGAUAAUAAGAAUAAAGAAUAUCGUGGAAGCACGUCAACGACAAUCAGAAAUUGGAAUGGCGAAGGAGCUGGAGAAGAAAGCCAAGGAAGCGUUCUUUGACGACGACUUCGCUCUUGCCGUUGAUCUCUACUCUCAAGCCAUCCAAUUGGAACCCAACAACGCCCAUUUCUUUGCCGACCGGGCCCAAGCCCAUAUUAAGCUCAAGGCUUUCCCUGAAGCCGUUUCCGAUGCAAACAAAGCUAUUCAAUUAAGCCCUUCAUUGCCCAAAGCCUAUCUUCGUAAAGCGACUGCUUGUAUUCAACUAGAAGAAUAUCAUACUGCAAAGGUAGCACUACAAAACGGUGCCUCUUUUGCACAGGAUGAUUCCAGAUUCAUCAAGUUGAUUCAAGACUGUGAUCGAUAUAUCGCAGAGGAAUCAAAUGGUGUUACUAGCACCUUAUCAUCAAAUGGCGCAACAUCUGUACCAUCUGGUAAUGAUUCCCAUUUGUGUGAUAGAAAUGAUGAGACACCUAAAGAAGCUGAAAGAGACAGUUCGAUAUCCCAAAUCAAUGAAGUUGCCCCAAACAGACCAAAAUACAGACAUGAAUACUACCAGAAGCCGGAUGAAGUGGUUGUGACAAUAUUUGCAAAAGGAAUAAGAGCAAAGGAUGUGGUUGUUGACUUUGGUGAACAGAUUCUUAGUGUUACUAUUGAUGUUCCUGGCCAAGAUGCCUAUCAUUAUCAACCUCGAUUGUUUGGGAAGAUAAUACCUGAUAAGUGCAAAGUUGAGGUGUUGUCAACCAAAAUUGAAAUCCGUCUUACAAAAGCUGAAGCUAUUAAUUGGACAUCUCUGGAAUAUAGCAAGGAUACACUACCCCAAAAAAUAAAUAUGCCUAUAGUUCAAUCUGAAAGGCCCACAUACCCAUCGUCAAAGCCAAGGACAAGAGAUUGGGAUAAGUUGGAAGCCCAAGUGAAAAAAGAGGAGAAAGAAGAAAAGCUUGAUGGUGAUGCUGCUUUGAAUAAGUUGUUCCGUGAUAUUUACCAAAAUGCAGAUGAGGACAUGAGGAGAGCUAUGAGCAAGUCUUAUUUGGAGUCACAUGGAACAGUGCUGUCAACUGAUUGGAAAGAAGUGGGAUCAAAGAAGGUGGUAGGCAGUCCUCCAGAAGGUAUGGAGUUAAAAAAAUGGGAGUAUUGAUUCGAUACUCAAAUAUUUAUGUUAAGCUGAUACCUGUGAGCAAUUAAAUUCGUCUCCUCUAAUCCCCCCUCCCGCCGGCCCAAAAAAAUGUAAAAGGGAAAAUAAUUUCUAUAAUCUCUUAUUCUUGUUAUUAAACUGUUUGUGUAAGCUAAAUUAUUUUGCGGGGAGAAUGACCUAAUUUGCAUUUGCUGUGAAAGUGGAUUUAUUUUGUCGGUAUAUCACGAUAUAAUUAAUGGUAGACUUGUGAUGAAAACUGAAUUGUCAGUUCUUAAAUUCUUUUUGGAAUUUUUU